CCAUCGCAUAACCAGUAACCUGUUGGUCUCUUCGCAGGCAGAGCCAGCUCCAGGGAAAGGCAGGAGAGCUCGGCAGAGACCCCCGGCUUUGACGUGCUCCAAAAAUCCCGUGACCAGCUCUUGAUCACAACUUAACCCAGCUGGAGGAGUGGAGGGAGAGACACGGUCCCCCAACUGAGGAGCAUCCCACCCCGAGGAGUGAUGCCAUCGGUACCCAAGCGAUGCCAGGGGGUGCCCCAGCCCCAUGUGUGAGAGCCAACAUUCUGGGGAUCCCGUGCCCCCACCAGGACCCCGUGUCCCCCCCUGAGCCGAGCAUCGGGGGACGCAGAGAGCAGACUGAAACCUGAAUAAUUUGAAAGGAAAGGACCCCUCAGGCUGGAAGCAGCCCGGCGUGCGGCACAGCCCCGAACAUGACCACGGAGAGUUUUGCAGAAUUCCUGAAUAAGCUGAAGGAAAUCCAUGAGAAAGAGGUCCAAGGUCUGCAGAGCAAGCUGACGGAGCUGACGACGGAGAAGUGCCGUGAUGCUCAGAGAAUUGAAGAGCUGUUUGCUAAAAAUCACCAAUUAAGGGAACAACAGAAGGUCCUCAAAGAAAAUGUAAAGGUGUUAGAGAACAGGCUGCGAGCGGGUCUCUGCGACAGAUGCAUGGUCACCCAGGAGCUGGCAAAAAAGAAGCAGAACGAGUACGAGACCUCCCAUUUCCAGAGCCUCCAGCACAUCUUCAUCCUCACAAACGAGACGAACCGCCUGAGGGAAGAGAACAAAACUCUCAAGGAAGAACUGAAGAGACUCCGGAGCCUGGAGGACAGGACAAAGCACCCAGGAGUCACCUCCAGAGAAAGCAGCUCCCCCCCAAGCUCCCCCUUGGCUCUGCUGUCCCCAGCGAGCAGGAGCGCCGGCACCGAGAAAGCAGCUCUCGAGGGAGCAGAGGAAGCCCACCACGAUGUGCCAGCUCUGGAGCUGGGAGAAGAAAAGCCUGCAGGACACAGAAGCUCUCCAAGCAGCAGGACUUCCCCAGGCUCUGUCCUCCAAGAAGUCAGCCUGGCAGAAAUGGCAUCCCAGAGGAUCUCCAACCAGCUGCACGGAACCAUUGCCCUGGUGAGACCUGGCUCCAGACCCUGCCUCUUGGAAAAAAGUCCUUCAGGGGCUGCAGUGUCCCCACCGGCACGGAAGACCCCUCUCCCACCGGAGCGCGAGCACAGCCCCAUCCUUGAGGCCUACUUAACAGCGGGCAAACCGGACUCCCCCAAGGUUGCUCCAUCCUACGAAAACCUAAAACUGACGGCCCGGAGGGAGCAGCUCUGCCUCCUGCACAAACACCUCUCCCUGCACCAGCUGGGGCUGGCGACCAGCUGUGCCUCGGCCGAGCGGGACGGCGGCAGCUUCUCCAGCCCCUUGCUGAGGGCCAAGGACACCGACGGCAGGACACGGCCCCGCGAGGGCUGGGAAGAUGGUGCAGCCUUGCUGAAGCUCCCCACCGCCAUGGUCUACAUGAGGGAUCAGCACCUGGAGGAGAAGCUGCAGCUCCUCAAGCAGAGGGAGAGGCUGCAGCAUUUCCUCCUGCAGCGGUGCCAGCCGGGCCAGCGGGCAGAUGGAGACCCAAAACCCGUGCCCAAGGAGAGGCCGCUCUCCCCGUGGGCGAGCAUCACGCCGGGAUGCAAGGAGGAACGGUCCUUCCUGGAGGAUGCCGUGGAUGGGAAGGAGGAGAAGCAGCUCUGGCUGAGCCAGGACAUCUCUGAGCUGCGAGAAAGGGUGAAGGCGGCAAGGGACGAUGGAGCAGACACACCACUGGAUCUCUCAGACUCCGGCCGUGGCAGGGAAACGGGCUGGCAGAGCCGCCGGGAGCUGCGGGGGGGGAGUAGCCCCGGGGAGAGCCCCGCUUUGCCCGUCACCCCCAGGAGACACGGGGCAGAGCAGGACGGUUUGUGCUUCCACUACCGCUGGCCCAAUGCCACCCGGGCACUGCCUGGUGCUGCCGAGGAGGAGGAAGAGGAGGAGGAGGAUGCAGCUGUGCUCGCUCUCCCACGGGCACAUCCGACAAAGAACUCCACGCCAAGUGACCCAGAGGCCCUUCCAGAGACGGGGGUGAGAGUGGCUGCCAGCGCCCAGAAGGGAGAAGCAGAUGACGAUGAUGCUGAGUCUGGGAAGCAGGAAUCCGAUGAGCCAGACACAACGGACAGCGAGGUGGCUGCCCCCUAUGAAGAUGAUAUCCUGCCAGAAGGCCAGGCUGACGGGAAAUAUUUUUGCACCAAAGACAAAGCUCACGUGCUGCAGAAGAAGAGAAAGAGAGGACAGGAUCCCUGGACGAAAGGAGCAAAGAAGUCAAUGAGAGGAAGAAAGAAAGUCAAGGUGGAGCCGUGCUCAGCGGGGACCACGAAGGAGCCAGAGAACUGCUCCCCUUCCCACAAGGAUGCCUGCGAGGAGAGCUGACAGCAGGGCAGGAUGAGAAGCAACACAGAUGCUGCAGAGCAGAGGAGAGGGCUUGGAGAGCUCAGCAUCCUCAGCAUCCCUCCCGUGCUGGGAGAGUGACUCCUCCUGCCUGGACCAGGCAGUGGGGAAUUCAUAAGGACUCGUUCCUGACUACAGCACCCUGAAAGUCCUCACCAGGUGCCAGGGACAAGGAAGAGCCAUGGAGGGGAUACCUGGAGCAGCCAGGUCACCGCUGGUGGAGCAGCGCGUUCGGUGACCCCCAGUCCUGCGCCGGAGCAGACCCUCGGGCUGGUGCUUGGAGGAGGAGAUGACCUCUUUACAGCACUCACCCUGGGUCAGGACCACCUUGGGAUUUCCUGCAAGGAGAACAGACUGCCCAGACCCUGUGUUCGAUGUCCUGGUGGGUGGCCAAAGAGUGGUGACCAUGCUGAGCACCCCGGGGUGCCGUGCACGAGCCCACGUUGAUUAAAUCCCUACCCAGGUUUCAUCCAUGUGUGGAUUUUGUUUGACCUGGAGAAAGCCCAUGGUUUUCUUGUUAAGUGAGGAGUGGGCAGGUGGGACUUGUCCCUGGAGAAGAGCUCGGGAAGGGGGGGUUUGCCUGCUGCCUGUCCCCAGGGUGUCCCAGUGUGUGACACCCCGCUGUGGCUCACAGCAGAGCACCAGCUCAGUGGUUCACGCUGACCCUGACAGGAUGGCCAGGAGCUUGUUUUCACCCGGAUAAACUGUUCUGAAACCAUUUUUUUUCUGAUGUGUUAAGCAAGGGCAGGUUUUCCUUCAGCACCAAGUGACCCCGAAAAACAGAGCGAGGGUUGACAGGUUGGAG